AAGUAAAGGCGAUUAGGCAAAAGCGGCGACAAAACUUGGGAUCUCUCUACUCCAAGCCCCAAACAUGCCGAAGCAAAUACACGAGAUCAAGGAUUUCCUUCUCACUGCUAGAAGGAAGGAUGCUCGGUCAGUGAAGAUCAAGAAGAACAAGGAUAUGGUCAAGUUCAAGGUUCGCUGCUCCAAAUAUCUCUGCACACUUUGUGUGCCCGACUUCGAGAAGGCUGACAAAUUGAAGCAAUCACUUCCCCCAGGUUUGAGUGUGCAAGACCUCUGAAGAUGGAAAGCGGCAAUCUUUUUCCUUAUAAGUUAUUAGACAAUGGAGAAAUUUGAAAGAACUCCUAUGUUUGUUGUUCCUUCAUAUUUUCUUGCCUUUCUUAAGGUGUCUUUAGUAUUGAGCAUUUAGACAUUAAUAUGAACCCUUGUUUUGUCAAAUGAAUUUUGAUUGUUAGA